AUGAAAUCUCACCAUAUUUCGAGAAUGAACAAUGGACAGAAGAACUCAGAGCUUCGACCGGCGCUGGAUACAGAGGAUAUCAAAUCACAACUUAACGCCAUUGUAGCUCCUUACGGUAUCCUGUUCCCCAAGUCCAUGGAGGAAGACUCAUCCAUGUCUCUCGAUCUCACAAAUCCAGUCUCUCUUGACACCGGCAUCGAACAGUCCACAGACAGCCAUACCUUGACAACUGCCUCCUCCUUCUCUCCUGGGGAAACCCUAAAGACUGUCUCAAGGCAGCCAACCAUGUCAGCUAUCGAUGGAGCGAGUCUCGGUAUCCAGAGCGCACCGGGGUCGGUGGUCGAGUCCACAACAGAAAAGACCUUUGCAGAGGGUCGGUGGAGUUCUCUCGAUGGAUCCUCACCUGAAAGGAGAGGACCGCGGUCCAACAAAGGAGGAAUCACCAAGUCUGGGUCGAAACUGGUCAAGGGCUGGAAGAAGUUCCGCCAGAGUCUCAAAGCCGGCAACACUCUCUCCAGCAGCCCAGGCGGUACCCCGCCCUUGUUUGGAUCCCAUUCCUCUGUUGCAGAGGACGCGACUCGCAGUGAUGGUUUCCCGGCAGUCUCGUCCGUAGGAGAACAGCGCAGGGCGUUGAGUGAUCUCGGCCGUCCGUUCGAAAUAGGUGCGGAUGAUAAUCUUCUCGAUUUCGGAACUGGGUUUGGAACGGGAUUGACACACAAGUUUAGUUCGGGAUCCCUCAAGAAUUUACUUCUAAAGGGGUCCUCUAUUUCAAGCGUGAAAGAUCUUGAUGUUCACUUGUUGCCGACCAUACGGUCGGGAGCUACACUAGAGUCACACGACAAACAGGCCGGAGGAGGAGGAGGAGGAGGAGGAGGAGGAGGAGGAGGAGCAGUAGUGGUGGAUACAAACUCGGUCAUGUCGUUGGGAAAGAUGAUACAGUAUGGAAAAGAGGACUGGAUUGCACAGCAGCAGCAGGAACGAUUGACCCAACGCAGUCGGUCGUCAUCCAAGCACCAUCCUAGUGGGCCAUUCAGCGCGGCCGAGCCUAGCACUUCUGGAGAUGUCGUUCCCGCCACUAGAGAAAAUGCAACUGUUGGUGGUACCGACGCAGUAGUGGCGACCGGUAUUAUUCCCACUACAGGUGCAGAUUUAGUUCGGGGUGGUGCGGAGGAUCUAAUUACGUUGUCUGGUUAUGCUGAAAGCGAGGAGGCGACCGACAUCCCAGUCGUUUCCGUCAUUCAACCGACCGAUAUUGGCAUUGUGACGGAACCAGAGGAGGAGGGUCCAGUUUUCGUGUCGGGUAUUGACGUUUUAGACACGCCGACGGUCGUGGCGAGGGAGAAUCGACUUGGGCAGGACCUUGCGACGCCUCAGCAGUGGCGACUCAGUACGCAUGGUACUCCAAAGGUGGUUGGAUCGAUCUGUGAGAGGCGUAUCUCUGGUGUCUGUGACAGCGAGGUCUACCUCCAGCGCCUUAUGCAAGACUCUGUUGCUCCCGAGCAAGAUCCGUCCGAGAGUGGUCAGCCAGAAGAAAACGAGGAGGGCCGCAUGGAUAACGCGUUCCAUGUCCCGCUAUAUCAGUCUGUGCAAUUGGCAUCGGCCACAUUCGACAAUGGCCAACGGAUCCCACUUGUGCUGUACUAUGUCACCGAGGAACUCCGUGCUCGAGUGUCCCGAGGAGAUGUUGUUGAGAUGAUCGACAGCCUGUUCCCGGUCGACUGGGAGGAAUCGGAUGAGGAGUUUGAGAAAUUGGUCGGUAUGUUUGACCAGCGACCCUUUGGUCAGCAGUUUGACUUGUGCCUGGAACCUCCAGCUGUUCCACUACCUUCAGAUAUCGAUAACCAGGUCCACCCCUUUGACCCAUCCGCUACCGAGACUGAUACAAUCGAGACUGAUACAACCGAGAAUGACAGUGCCGAGCAGACCGAGAGCAGCGAUGAUACCCCCACCGCCCCUGUUGAGCCAUCAAAGCCCAGAGUCUCCUCUCGUGACCUUUCUCGCCUUGUCCUCCGCUUCCUCAAGGACUUGCCUGAGCCUUUGAUCCCCGCUGACAUUUUCAGCACCUUUUCAGCCAUGACCAAGCUACAGACCCUCGACUCAGUCAAGAUCCAAGCCUCAUCUCUCCUGGUCCAACUGUUGUCCACCGAACACCGAGAGCUUCUCCAAUUCCUAUUGGAGUUUUUGGAUGAGGUCGUUUUGAGGUCGCUGAAUGAUGAAAUCGAGCGCCUUGAACACCCUGAUCCACCACAGCCUCUUGAGCAUGAGCCGACAAUUCCAGAGUUGGGCGACAAGUACAAGGACACUUUGGACCGACUAUCCAACAUCUUUGGUGUUAUCUUUUCUCAUGCCACCAUCAGAUCCGAAACAGGAAUAGGAGCAGGAGCAGAGAAGCAGCAGAGUCAGACGUCAUUGUAUCGCCAUUACAAGCGUGACUUUGAGUUGAAGGCCCUACAGGAACAAAACGCACAGGCUAUCCGCAACUCUGCAGCCGUGUUCCAAUCGCUCUUGACCUUCAGGACCACCAUCUUCGGAACAUCUUCUUUCUUACUUGGUCAGGAGAACAAGGACGAGUACGGCUCUGAUCGAUCGCAUUCUCGAGGUGGUGGUGUUGACCAGGAUGACCAGUCGAGUAUUCACGGAUCCGUCUAUGAUAUGGAUAGUGAUUAUGAGUACCAGUCUGAUAGCGCGUUGUACGAGGUCACGUCCAAGAGGCCACUGGGCAGACGACAUAUCGAAUCUAAGUUUCCCAGCUCACCCAAGCGACCAUUGACCAAGUCCAAGACUGUGCACUCGCGUCACCACCACCACCAUCGUCAGUUGCGCAAAGGUCGCAAGCAACGCAAGAGCGACUUUUCACUCGUCGUCACUACUGUAGAUGACGAAGGCGCAGAUGGUCAGGCUGGAGUGCAGAGAAAGACCAGUGCCGACACGCUAUGCGACUCGGCUGUCGACAUGACGACCAAUGUUGAUGUCGUGGCUUUGGCGGCGAUGCAGGAACAUACGGCACGGUCAUUGCGGAAUCAAAAGCAUCUCCCUCGCCCCUCUGUUGCUACCCUGCAUUCAAUCCUCGCUGAGGCGCAUUCUGUGAUUGAUGGCGCGGCCAACGCCCUCCACCCUACCGCCGCAGCAGCAGGCGCAGCCGCAGGAGUGGGAGUGCAAGCAGGCGCGACAGCAACAUCAACAGAAGGAGACGUCAUGACGCAUGACGCAGCAUCGAUGGUCGGAGACGCAGCCAGGACCGAGUAUGGCGAAGCGGCAACAGCAGAUCGCUCGGUCCGCCGCCUAGCAGGGAAGGGUGAAGGCGAAGCCGAUGACGAAGAAGGGAAGACCUAUGACCGCGAGAUAGGAUUCGGUCAUGCAGCUAAAACCAAGCUCAAGUAUGGGUUCAUGGACUUUCUUCAGGAGCCUCUUGAUCGCAAGCAAGAGGAGCGUGAGAUCCAAUUGGUCGAAAAGGAGAUUCUGCGUUCUGAAAUCACGACAAAGUUUCUAGCUGCCAACCUUGCAGGGCUGUAUCCUUCCAGUUCACAGACAGCCAUCCCAUCCAUCAUCCUGCCUUCUGCUCGCUCAACGCUCCUGCCUCAAACCUCGUCCCGUUCUAGCACCGAUGCUCUUGUUGUACCCCAAGCAUCGAGCGAGUCCUCGACUGCUGUUGGCACAACUGCCUUCAGUCGAGAGUUGACCCUUGCGCCCCAAGAACAAAUCCGACUCCCCGACAACCACCGCGCCUCUGACGAUUGUUCCUGCUCCUAUUGCACUACUUUGGUUCAGCCCAGCCAAAUCCCAGUCCUGACGCGUGACGAGUACGAGAAAGCCGAGUUGCAGUCCCAAUGCGAUGCCAAAGACCAGCAUAUCGCGGAGCUGUUAAAGACUGUCCAGAGUCUUCAGGGCGAGGUUAAUAUCCUCAACGCCAAGCUGCUCUUCUUGCACGAUCACCACACUACCCGCCCCAUGCGACGCAGGACCCUGGCCAGAAAUAGUUUCCCCGCCGUGCCAUCCUCAAACACACCAGGAGGAGAUUGGUCGUCAAGGCAGCAACAUCAUCCACCUCAACAGUUCUCAGAACCUCCUUCAUCGGCACCACAAAUGAGACACACCUCAUCCUUGGUACUACCCUCGUCAACCGCUACUAAUGCUGCUGCUGCUGGGAGUGAAUACAGUUCCCUUCAGGGGUCCCCAAAACUGUUUGCGGAGGGGAUUCAAACGUUCAACAACGCCGACACCCAAAUGAGUCGCGGCAAGUCUCACCACAUGUCCUUGGGAUGGGAAUAUGGUCAUAGCAGCGGACAGGACUUGAGCACUCUGGAAGAAGAUGAGACCAUGUCCUUCCUGGACCUUGAUGACCCGCAACGUCCCCCGCCACCACCCUUCCCCACCAACAACUCUGCCCAACGUCCCGGUCGCCCAGGCUUUGGUCUACGGGAGGUCGUCGAAGAGGAAGAGGAAGAUCACGAGCCCGAGAGAGAGGGAGAGGACUUGCUGGACGAGUUCUACUACAUGGAUGCCUACAAGACAAUGGACCAGCAGCUCUAUCGACGCCCGAUCCUGCCAAUCGCUGCACCUCCUAGACCCAUGUCGACUGACCAGUACAAGAAGUAUCAUCGUAUGAGCUUGCCGAUCCAGAAUUUGAGUAAGCGUCUUAGUCUUGGGCAGACAUUUCGUUGGAAGGGUCGUGCCACGGCUGCCUAA